CUUUCACCACAUUUAACUAACCAAGUGAAAAUCCCUAUGCAAAGUGAUAGAUAUUUGACUUUACUAAAUCAGCCCCAGUGAGUCUGACAGUAGGUAUAAACUUUCUCUAGCUAGGAACAAUCUGAGCGGAUGUACUAAGAAUAGGAAGCCAGUGUUUCUCUUGUGUUGUUGUGCUUAGUUUACAGUACAUGCAGUGAGACUAAAAUAAACCAGAGGACUGGUGGCUUCUCGACAAGAAGGUGAUGGUAUAUCAUUUAUCAGGCAGAGGUCCCUCAGCUGUUUGUUGCUGCUCAAAUAAUCUGUUACUUGAAAGCUGUGCUAAACAAACUUUCUCUCCUCUACCUCUCCUAUGGAAGCUUCCACUGUUUUCUAAAAGAAGAAAAUAUUUGUGAAUAAGUAACGAUAAAGCUGACCCUGGAUAAAAAUCAAUAUGUCACUGCCGUGGACUUUAUUUUGCUGUAAGCAGCAGGUUGAAAAAAAUGAAAUCAAGAAAACGAAUAAAAGCAUAGAAAGUCCAAAUCAUGAGAAGGACAAAAUGAAAAUGAAACAAGAGAUCACACUGUUCAAUGGAGUUUCCUUAAUAGUUGGGAACAUGAUUGGAUCUGGGAUUUUUGUAUCUCCAAAGGGAGUUCUGAUGUACAGUGAAUCUUUUGGACUGUCCCUGAUUGUCUGGACACUAGGGGGCAUCUUUUCUAUGUUUGGAGCACUGUGUUAUGCAGAGCUUGGGACAUCUGUUAUGAAGUCGGGGGCAAGCUAUGCUUAUAUACUGGAGGCAUUUGGAGGAUUUACUGCCUUUAUCAGACUGUGGUCAUCUUUAUUAAUCAUAGAGCCUACGACGCAAGCAAUUAUUGCCAUUACAUUUGCCAAUUAUAUUGUUCAGCCAAUCUUUCCAUUCUGUGAACCUCCAUAUGCAGCUGUUAGAUUAAUAGCUGCAGCUUGUGUAUGCACCUUAACAUUCAUUAAUUGUGUCAAUGUGAAAUGGGGAACAAGAGUUCAAGACAUCUUUACAUAUGCAAAGAUUAUGGCCCUCCUGAUGAUAAUUUCUGUGGGUCUUGUGAAGAUCAGUUACGGCGAGACAGAAAAUCUCCAAAAUCCUUUUGAAGGGUCAACAAUUAAUGUGGGAUCGAUGGCUCUAGCUCUCUACUCUGCACUUUAUUCCUACUCUGGAUGGGACACACUGAACUUUGUCACAGAGGAAAUGAAGAAUCCCAAGAGGAACCUUCCUCUUGCUAUUGCUAUUUCAAUGCCUAUUGUGACUAUUAUAUACCUUCUGACCAACGUGGCAUACUAUGUGGUUCUAGACAUGGCAUCUGUUUUGACCAGUGAUGCAGUUGCUGUGACCUUUGGAAAUGAAGUUCUUGGCCAUGCUAAAUGGCUGAUUCCAAUAGCUGUUGCUAUGUCUUGUUAUGGCGGUUUGAACUCCUCUAUAAUUGCAGCGUCAAGGCUGUUUUAUGUCGGAGCAAGGGAGGGUCACUUACCUACAAGUCUAAGUCUGAUUCAUCUGCAGAACUUCACCCCUGUCCCUGCUCUUCUCUUUAAUGGGUUAAUGGCAAUUGUCUACCUGCUUGUGGAAGACAUCUUUCAACUCAUAAACUACUACAGCUUCAGUUAUUGGUUAUUUGUUGGUCUUUCUGUUGCUGGAUUAAUAGUACUGCGAGUUACUCAACCAGAAAGGUCACGUCCUGUAAAGGUCAGUCUGUUCUUUCCUGUGGUAUAUUGCCUCUGCAGCCUUUUCCUGGUUAUCGUGCCACUCUACUGUGAUACCAUUAACUCAUUCAUUGGUGUUGGAAUAGCACUCUCUGGAAUUCCUGCCUACUUUUUAGGGGUUUAUUUACAAGUUGAAAAGAGACCAAGAUUCCUUUCCCUUCUUUGUGAAUCAGUCACAAAAUACAUGCAAAUCCUCUGCAAUUGCUGCCUGACAGAUCUGGAUGAAGAGGAGAAGGAUCUAUAAGGUCCAAUAUGACUGCACUGCCUCAUACUUUUCUUGAGAGAGGAUUUGAGGUUUCAUAAUUUUGCACUAUAUAUAUAUCUACAUUAUGUGAUUUUUUUUUUCAUUUUAUAUUUCCAUUAUAUCAAUCUUUUCAUUAAGCUAAAUGUUUUAGUUAUGAACAUAAUCAGGACACUAAAGUACAAACAAGAGCUCAGCUAACUGUUUUUAGUGAAGAAAUCAGUCUUUUUAGGGUCGCAAUAAUAAGUACAUUACUAUACACACCUUGAUGUGCACAAUAUCACUCAAUAAUGUGUAUUGUGGCAAGAUGACCCAUUCAUUUUGAAUGUGC